AUAAAAGGUCUUGGAAAAGGUUUCUUUUAGAUGAUUCUUCUUCUUCUUAGAUUGGAGUUGAAGCUUGAAACUUGAAACUGAGAUCUUUUUCUUUUCUUGAUUCUUUUGUUCUUAGCUUUUCAUGGAUGCUUUGAUUUACUUCCAAAAGGGGUUAAAGAUGCUCCACUCGCCUCCUCUGUUCACUCAUGCUGCUUCCAGUAAUUGUCUUCGUUCUCGGAUUGCAUCCUUUAGUUUCUUAGAGAUGGGAUUGAGAUCAAGUAAGCAUGUAUUUGGCAGCACUAGGAAAGGACUUAUCAGUGAGACAAUUGGUAAUACCAGAUUGAAAGCUCCAAAUGUUUAUGGUCGCCGUGCUCAAGAAACUGUGCUUGAGGAAGAAGCAACACAAGUGUCUGAGAUCAGCUCGCCAAUGAAAGUCUCUCCAGGCCAGGCUUUUCCACUUGGAACAUCUGAAGUUGAAAGUGGGAUCAAUUUUGCUAUUUUUUCCCAACAUGCAACUGCUGUUACACUUUGCUUAUCUCUCCCAGAGAGGGGAAAGCUUGAUGGACAGGAUGCUGGAUUGUUGGAACUGCCAUUGGAUCCUCGUGUGAACAAGACUGGAGACAUAUGGCAUAUUUAUGUGGAGAAAGAUUUAGUUAUAUAUGAAAUGAAUGUUCGUGCAUUUACUGCUGAUGAAUCGAGUGGGCUGGAUCCUGGCAUACGUGGUAGCUACCUUGGUGUGAUUGAGAAGAUUCCGCAUCUUCUAGAGCUUGGCAUCAAUGCAGUGGAACUGUUGCCUGUUUUUGAGUUUGAUGAGUUGGAGUUCCAAAGGCGUCCAAACCCCAGAGAUCACAUGGUACGUUUCAAUCAUUUACCUUCAUAUGGGUUCAUUAUGUGGAUAAAAUGUGCAUUUGGGAUUUUCCUUUGUGUUAUUUUGGAUGUAGUUUAUAACCAUACUAAUGAAGUGGAUGAUGAAAACCCUUAUACAACUUCAUUUCGUGGAAUAGAUAAUAAGGUAUAUUAUAUGGUGGAUUUUAGCAGUAACUGUAAGUUGCUGAAUUACUCAGGCUGUGGGAACACCUUAAACUGCAACCACCCUGUGGUCAUGGAACUCAUACUUGACAGUUUGAGGCACUGGGUCAUUGAGUAUCAUGUGGAUGGAUUUCGAUUUGACCUUGCUAGUGUUCUAUGUCGAGCAGCUGAUGGUUCUCCACUUAAUGCUCCUCCACUUAUUAAGGCAAUCGCUAAAGAUGCUACUUUGUCAAGGUGCAAAAUCAUUGCAGAGCCUUGGGACUGUGGAGGUCUUUAUCUUGUUGGAAGAUUUCCAAAUUGGGACCGGUGGGCUGAAUGGAAUGGAAAAUACCGUGAUGAUGUGAGAAUGUUCAUUAAGGGUGACUUUGGUAUGAAAGGACGUUUUGCGACACGUGUGGCUGGAUCUGCUGAUCUAUACAAAGUAAACAAGCGCAAGCCAUAUCAUAGUAUCAAUUUUGUCAUUGCACAUGAUGGGUUUACACUGUACGACCUUGUAUCCUACAAUUUCAAGCACAAUGAAGCUAAUGGAGAGGGCGGCAAUGAUGGAUGCAAUGAUAAUCUUAGUUGGAACGGUGGUUGUGAAGGAGAAACUGCCGACAACAAUAUAAAAGCAUUGCGCUCCCGUCAAAUGAAAAACUUCCAUUUGGCUUUAAUGAUCUCCCAGGGAACACCAAUGAUGCUAAUGGGGGAUGAGUAUGGCCAUUCACGCUUUGGAAAUAACAAUAGUUAUGGACAUGACACUGCGAUAAAUCAUUUCCAAUGGGGACAGUUGGAUGCCAGAAGCAGUAGCCACUUUAGGUUCUUCUCAGAGAUGAUAAAGUAUCGCCGAAAGCAUCCUGUUUUUGGACGUGAAAACUUUCUUGACAAACACAAAGUAACUUGGCAUGAGGACAAUUGGGACAACCAUGAGAGCAAGUUCCUCGCAUUUACACUUCACGAUAAUCAUGAGGGAGACAUCUACGUGGCAUUCAAUGCACAUGACUAUUUUGUUAAAGCUAUAUUACCCUCACCACCAAACAAGAGGCGCUGGUUCCGAGUGGUAGACACCAAUCUCAAGUCUCCUGAUGAUUUCAUUCCUGAAGGUGUCCCGGGCAUUGGAAGUACAUAUAAUGUUGCUCCUUACUCUUCAAUUCUUUUCGAGGCAAAAUCAUGAAGGUCAACGGAAGCCACUAGUGGUUGAUAACCUGGAAAUGAUACUCAUUCAGAAAUAUACGAGGAAGUUGGUGAGAGUGAAAUUUUUCUAUGUUAGAGCAAUGUUACAGGGAUAAUGGCACGCGGCCAUAGGCUCACUUUGUAUAUAUAAAUAAUUCCCUGUAAAUAACACCUACUGUUAUUGUUAGAACUUAUGGUAGUAGGUAUCCUGUUUUUUGUUACCAUUAGUAAUUUUUCAAUUUUAACCUUUUUUAUUUUCUUGGAAUGAAGCAUAUAAUUUAGGAGGCGGUUUCCCUUCACCCAAGGUGAAGGAACUAGGAAGAAUUCAUUUCCUUCACCGAUGGAGAACAAUGAGGAGGGGAAAAAACUAACAAAAGGAAAAGAUUCUCUAAGUUGCUGAGGCAGGGUACAUUAGCAUUUAUGUGUCUAUUUCUUUCAUAUGAAAUGAUUUCAUUGGCUUCC